UCCACGAAGAAACUAUCUGCUCUAAAUUCAAACUGACAAUGCUUAUCCACUGCCACUGACAUAUCUAAUAGCCAACUAGUUGUCAUUGAAGGAAACAUUUCCGAGUAAUGACAAUGUUGGGUAUGUAUGUGCCAGACAGAUUUUCCCUGAAAUCGUCAAAGGUCCAGGAUGGAAUCGGUCUUUACACGGCGAGGCGAGUGAAAAAGGGAGAAAAGUUUGGCCCUUUUGCUGGAGAGAAAAAGCUGCCCAGUGAGCUGGAUGAGAGCUCGGACACCAGGCUCAUGUGGGAGGUCCGUGGCAGUAAAGGAGAUGUGCUGUAUAUUCUGGAUGCUAGUAACCCACGCCAUGCCAACUGGCUGCGGUUUGUCCAUCAGGCGCCUUCACAAGAGCAGAAGAACUUGGCAGCCAUACAGGACGGAGAGAACAUCUUUUACCUGGCUGUGGAUGACAUAGAGACGGACACAGAGCUCCUGAUAGGCUACCUAGACAGUGAUAUGGAGGAAGAGGAGGAGGAAGAAGAGGAGGAGGUCAUCAAAGACGAUGAUGAAAAUAGCAAAGACGCUAAGCAUCUUGUUGAAAUGGAACUGGUAAUAAAGAAGGAGGACCACCCCUGCUUGCUGUGUGAGAGCAGUUUUCCCAGUGAGGAGAUCCUGGCCGCCCACCUCCAGAGUCUGCACCAGAGGCCCAGCACAGAGGAGAAGGAGUUUAAAUGCAAAAACUGUGGCAAGAAGUUCCCCAUCAAACAGGCUCUGCAGCGCCAUGUUUUGCAUUGUUCUGAGUCACCGGACCCGUCAGGUGACUCUAAAGCGCACCAGUGCUCCAUCUGCCACAACACAUUCAGCUCCAUAUCCAGUUUUGAACAGCAUAAGGAAGCCUGUAAAGGAGAUGCCAGGUUCAUCUGUAAAGCAGAGAGCUGUGGCAAAAGAUUCAAGAGCAAGGAUGCUCUGAAGAAGCAUAAAGGAAAUGUUCACACAGGAAGUGCACGUCGGAAACUCACAUGCACCAUAUGCAACCGAAAAUGCUCCUCCUCUCUGAAUCUACAAGAACACAGAAAGGUACAUGAAAUACUUGACUGCCACGCAUGCGACAAGAAGUUCAUCUCUACAAACCAGCUAAAACGGCAUAUGAUCACACACUCAGAGAAGCGACCGUACACCUGUGAGAUCUGCAGUCGUUCGUUCAAGCGCCUGGACCAGGUGACGGCUCAUAAGAUCAUCCACAGCGAGGACAAACCGUACAAAUGUAAGCUGUGUGGGAAAGAGUUCGCCCACCGCAACGUCUACAAGAAUCACAAGAAGACCCACUCUGAAGAAAGACCCUUCCAGUGUGAGGAGUGCAAAGCUCUGUUCCGCACCCCCUUCUCUCUACAGCGCCACUUACUCAUCCACAACAGUGAGAGGACAUUCAAGUGUGACCAGUGCGACGCCACCUUCAAGAGGAAGGACACGCUCAAUGUCCACAUCCAGGUGGUGCACGACGGCCAUAAGAAGUAUAAGUGCGACCUGUGUGAGAAGGCCUUUGUCACUCCUUCAGUCCUCAAGAGCCACAAGAAGACACACACGGGGGAGAAGGAGAAGAUCUGCCCGUACUGCGGACAAAAAUUUGCCAGCAAUGGCACGCUAAGGGUCCACAUCCGCAGCCACACAGGUGAGCGUCCAUACCAGUGCCCCUACUGUGACAAAGCGUUCAGCAAGAACGAUGGACUGAAGAUGCACAUCCGCACACACACACGUGAGAAGCCGUAUAAAUGCAGCGAGUGCAACAAAGCCUUCAGCCAGAAAAGAGGACUGGACGAGCACAUGAGGACCCACACAGGAGAGAAACCUUUCCAAUGUGACGUGUGUGACCUGUCAUUCAGCUUGAAGAAGAUGCUCAGCAGGCACAAGCUCACACACAACCCUAACCGGCCCAUGGCAGAGUGCCAGCUGUGCCAUAAGAAGUUCACCAGGAACGACUACCUCAAAGUACAUAUGGAGAAUGUCCACGGGGAGACGGAGAGCUAGAGCCAAUUAUGGAACCGCCGGCUGAGAAUGAUAUCUGAUUCCUGAGAUAAAGUUCAGUCUCAUGCUUCAUGCAACCAGUAUGGCCUAUACAUACUGUAUACACAGAUGGAUAGAUAGCAGAAAUGUUGUUAUUAAAGAUACAUACAUGUAGAAUAUGGAAAACAUUUGUGCGAGUAUUCAGAAUAGAAGCAGAGGCAGUACUUUUGUAUUACUUUUUUUGUCAUACUGUUUGUUUUGAACCAACCGAAUAUGUUUGAGCUGACUCCAGAGCCGCUGUGUCUGCUCAUGUUCACUCCCAGUCUCUCUGACAUCGAACCAGUGUUACUGUGCAUACUGUUCCAGCCUGACCUCUUCCACUGUAGCAUUUACUGACCAACUGUCUGAACACGUUACUGUACAUCUGUGGCCAGUUGCCACAUGUCAAGCAGCACCUGUGACCAAAGACCUGUAGCGCACUUUUUUAUUUUUUAUUUUUACCUGUAAGCUUUCUACAUGUUUACACCUGCUCUUUGGCGCCCAAACAUGUUUAAUAUUUAGACUCUGUUCAGCCCCAGAGCAAACUUCAAAACCAUGUUGCUCUAUUUAUUAUUUCAAAAUAAAAGUAUUAAAACCGGAUGUUGAACAGGAGAUGGAGAGAAGCAGAGCUAUGAAAACAGUAAUCCUAACCAGCUCGAAAAUCUGAAACAGCUCUCAAGUAAAAGUUUUUAUUUAUAUUAACGGCCAGUGGGUAUAAACAUGCUGUCCUUAGUCUUUCAUGCUCCCUUUUUAGAUCUACUAGGGCCCUCAUUUAAAAAAAACAACAAAACCCUUAUGAAUUUAAAAAAACUUGCAAAAAAGCUUCAUGUUUUUGUCCAUAAAACAGAUUCCUGUUAUAAGUAUAAUCCUGUAAAGAGUUUUUAAAUGAUUAUUUAAGUUGAAUGAAUUCCUCUCUUUCCCACAGCCUUUUGGUGCUUAAAGUUACUGUUUCUGUGUCCCACAGAGAAACAAAAGUACUGUGUGUGUUGACUUUUGUGAUGUGUUGUUGAGUAUGUUUUCAUAUGAAUGGCCUAGGGCUAUUGUGCCUUAUAAUAUGUGUUUAGGUUGUUUUUUGUUAAUCGUUGUUCAAUACAGUAUUUCAUGUAUUUUGUGCAAUCCUGUCCUGUUUUAUGCCCAAACCCAUUGUAUAAAGGUUAAUAUGCUGCAGAGUGCCAGAGGUUGUAGGCUUGAUGUGAGAACUCAUAGAACUGAGAAAUCUUCACUUACAAAAUAUUAACACUUGAGCUGACUUUAAAGUUAACUCUCAUGUUGUGGGUCAAAUUGACCCAUUUCAAAGUUUAAACAUUUUUUUAGAAUGUAAAAUAAAAUUAAAGUAAAAUAAAUGUCAUGUAAAACCAUUGUAUUUUAUAUGUAGAUCUGUCCAAUAUCAUUUUAAAAAAUUAACGUAUUUUUUCUAUGAAAAACAAGUGAAUUAUCCUCAUUGAACCAUGAUCUGUGAUAGGAAAAGCCGUUGCGCUUAAUAUUGAUUAAAAUGGUUAGUAAUGGAGUUAUUAAUGAAAUAUAAACAAUGUUUAUUGGGAGUUUUUAGUUUACUU